AUGGCGGUGAUGUCGGCUCCAGGCCUGGCCGGACGGGACACAACGCAGCGGGGGCUGACAGGCGGGGACCGGGCGGAAAGGACCCCAGGCAGCGCCGAGGAGCUGAGUCGGGCCUGGGAGAUGGGGGGGCGGGCUGGCGGGCAGGCAGGCGGGCUGGCAGGCCGCGGCACCGCCCCCUGGUCCCACCCCUCGAACGGGGUCAACAGUGGAUUGGUCCGCGCCAAGGACUCCAUCACCAGCUUGAAGGAGAAGACCACCCGCGUUAACCAGGACGUGCAAUCACUGCAGAGCGAGUGCUCGGUGCUUAGUGAGAAUCUGGAGAGAAGACGUCAAGAGGCAGAAGAACUGGAGGGUUACUGUAAUCAACUCAAGGAGAACUGCCGGAAGGUGACCCGGUCAGUGGAAGAUGCGGAAAUCAAAACCAAUGUCCUGAAGCAGAAUUCUGCCCUGCUGGAGGAGAAGCUUCGAUAUCUCCAGCAGCAACUGCAAGAUGAGACACCGUGGAGGCAGGAGGCCGAGUUGCAGGAUUUGGAGCAGAAGCUGGAGGCAGGCCUCUCCCGGCAAGGCCUGGGAAACGCCGCUGUGCCCCCGGGCUGCUCGGCUCCCCCAGGGAACCCGGAUGAACCCCAGCGGCCUCGCAGCGUGACCUCCUGCGGCUGGGGAAUAAUGCCCCGAGCAAGGGAGCGCCCCCUUGCGAGAGAACAGGAGUUGGAGAAAGUCUCCGCGGGCCUAGAGGAAUUAAGGAGGGAUGUGUCCUCGCUGACCGCCCGGUGGCAUCAGGAGGAGGGGGCCGUGCAGGAAGCCCUGCGGCUGCUUGGCGGCCUGGGCGGCAGGCUGGACGGCUUCCUGGGCCAGUGGGAGCGGGCGCAGCGUGAACAGGCUCAGACAGCACGGGGCCUGCAGGAGCUACGGGGUCGAGCUGACGAGCUGUGCACUUUGGUGGAGCGGUCCGCAGUGUCUGUGGCUUCAUUGAGGAGCGAACUGGAGGGGCUGGGCCCGGUGAAACCCAUUCUGGAGGAGCUGGGGAGGCAAUUUCAGAACUCUCGAAGAGGGUCCGACCUCUCUAUGAACCUGGAUCGGUCCCCCCAAGGCUCCUGUGCUCGCUGUGCCAGCCAGGGGCAGCAGCUGUCCACGGAGUCCCUACAGCAGCUGCUGGAGCGAUCCCUGACCCCACUAGUGGACGAGGUGAAGCAGAGGGGCGUGGCUCCUGCCUGCCCCAGUUGCCAGAGGCUACACAAGAAGAUUCUGGAGCUGGAGCGCCAGGCCUUGGCCAAGCAUGUCAGGGCAGAGGCCCUGAGCUCCACCCUUCGGCUGGCCCAAGAGGAAGCACUGCGGGCCAAGAACCUGCUGCUGACAGACAAGAUGAAGCCGGAGGAGAAGGUGGCCACCCUGGAUUAUCUACACUUGAAGAUGUGCUCCCUCCAUGAUCAGCUCAGCAAUCUGCCACUUGAGGGGUCCACAGGAACAAUGGGAGGAAGUAGUGGGAGAGCUCCCCCAAAACGUGGGGGCUCAGCCCCUGAACAAUAAAUGGUCCCUCGUGCUGGCA